UCACGGACUGCCGCUGAAGAGAAAUUAUAUCUGUGUACCAGGGUAACUGGCAAAAACGGAGUAAAUCCGACAGAACAUUGAAGGACAAAGCUAUGAUGGAAAAUAUAAAUGAAAGUUAAAAAGACAUAUUUUACCCAACAGUAGCCUGAGGAAGCAGUGUCUUCUCGUCUCUACUUUUGGUUAGAUUGGAUAUGAUUAAACUUCCAAAGAUGGUGCUGUAUCUGUCCUUUCCUGUGACCAUGUUCUGGAUCUCAAAUCAAGCAGAGUAUUUUGAAGAGUACAUAGUGAAGAGAAAGAGGGAGAUCUUCCCCCCUGAUGAGAAACUGCAUAGGAAAGAGUUGGAGGACUUCAAAGAGCGAAUGCGUGUUCGUAGGGAGAAGCGAAUAUUGAAAGAGAUUUCUAUGGAGUCUGAGAAUUGAGGUUUAUGUGUUGGAAGUUGGAAAUUCAUAAAUUCCCAGCACCACCAAUGGAGGAUUAUCUGGCAAUAUUUUUUCGGCAAAAGAAAACUGGUUGGACUGGAGUAAGAGAGUGUCACUUUGGAAAUCUCUGAGAAGUUAACACAUCUGAAAAGUUGUAUGCCUAAUAUGCCUGUUUGAUGUACAUGUGUGAUUUUUUUCACACAAUACUUUUCAAAUGCCAGAAUUCUGUAUGUUUGAAUUCCUGAUCAAUUGAGUUGCUGUGAUUUCACCGUCAUAAAAUAUUUAUUUGAGUUAUAAAUCCAGUUGGAUCAUUUAUUUUGUGGAGUACAAUGCCUAUAAAGUGUAUUCGCCCCCUUGGAUUCUUUUCCAGGUUUAGUGUUUUACAACGUUGUACCACAGUGGAUGUAAUUACGCAUUUUAGAUAUUGAUCAACAGAAAGAGACCUACUAAAGCGUAAAACAAACCUCCAUAAACUGAUUUUAAUGAAGCACAAACAUAAAACACAAAGUAACUGAUUAAAUAAGUAUUCACCCUCUUCAUGCCAAUAUUUAUUUGAGGCACAUGUGGCAGCAAUUACUGCCUUUAACCUAUUUUAUAAGGUCUGGGUAGCUUUAGCUUUAUGUUCUGGGUUGUCUUAUUUGAGAAUUACUCACAGUUCACUUCCAGACUGCAGAGAACAGACUGAUGAUUUAGUUGUCAGAUGUGUCAUAUGUUGUAAAAGCCCAAAUAUGUGUAUACUUCUUGUUAACAUGUGAUUUUAAUGCUGUUUUUUCAUUAAAGUUAUUGUUGGUUUAACAUAA